UCAUCAAAUCCCUCUCUCCCUCUCUCUGCAUAGCAAUGGUUCUAGGGUUCAAGAGUCCCUUCAUCAAGUUGGAAGACAAAGAGAAGGAUCAGGAGGAGAACAUGGAUAAUAAGGCCGCCUAUGCAGGUCAUAAAAGCUCAGACAAGAUGACUUCAUCAGCUGUAGGGUUGCGAAUCCUCAUACAGAUUUCACGAGAUGAAUCCAAUAUCCUCGUGAAAUCAGCAUUAAGAAGCCAACCCACCUCUCAAUCACACCAUCUUCGGACCAAACCUCCGGAAUCUUGCUUUCUGAAAACAUGUCAAUUAUGCAACAAGAAACUAAGCCUGGAUAAAGAUGUGUACAUGUACAGGGGUGACCAAGGGUUUUGCAGCAUUGAGUGCAGGAACAGGCAAAUUGUUUUGGAUGAAAUAAGAGAACUCGAAACUUCUACAAAGCGAAUGCGGGCAUCUUAUAGGCAUUGUAGCAGUAGUGGUCGACGUGAGACUCAGAUCCUCCUAGAGGAAUUUCGUCAACGACAUGAGCAUAGGCCGAUCCCUUCUCGAGGCAACUGGGCAAUAGUUUCAUAGAUUCACAGUGUCUAUAAUACCAUAGUCUUCAGAUAAAUAUGAUAAGAAGAUAAUAUGAUGUAGAGUAGAAGAUAGAAUUAAUUAAGGGAGUUUGAAUUUCUGUUGCGAUUUGUUUCGCUUAUAUAUUUGCAGUAAGAACAAAAACAGGGAGAGAAGAUGUCUUUAAAGCACUGAUUUUUAUCCUACCUAAAAAGAAGUAAAAGCAGAGCUUUUGUUUCC